GAUACUCUUCCAAUCUGAUCUGAAAGCCUCCUGUGACGUAAUCCUCUCCGUUUCAAUAUGGCAGCCAGGCCCUCGUCUAGAGGUCUCUGUAAAUAAAGACAUUUCUACGGUGUGUUCAGAACUAAGCCCUGUGUUUAUGUGUAGUCAUCGAUGACCGCUGGCCGUUAAGUGUUUCAGAGGUCCUCUCGUGGGAAUGUCCUCGGAGGAUGUGAUUUGGGGUACUUUGGAUGUUUUACUGCUCUGAGGGAUGAAACUUUACGCUAUGAGCCGGCAGUAAACGUCAGUUGUGUUACUUCAUAAACGCACGUGCACCAGAGUGAUGGAGAGUGACUGUAGGAUCCCCAUGGCAUGUCUGAGACCCCGGAUCCUGGCCCUGCAUGCUUUAUUCUGGGGCUUAGUGUCUCUUAGAGUGUUUGGAGCAGCUCUUCUUAGCGAUGAGAAGGCAGCAGUUGCGGUGACAAAGGCAGUGACAGCACCGUGUUGGCAGCAUGAGGAGUUUGUGGUGGCUAAAGAGUGCAGUUCAUGCGAAGGUUUGCAAUCGAAAACUAUAUCAGCCUGCAGCCAAACAGGAUUUGUAGAAAAGAUCAACUGCACCAAUUCUAACAGAGAUGAAUACAAGAGCUGUCGCUCUACCAAAAUGGAGGAGCAUCUCUUCUGGAAAUUUGAGGGUGCAAUGCUGGCUCUCACUGUUGUUUUUGCAAUACUGGUGGUCACUAGACAACACUCACUUGACCGCCAAGCUUCAGACAAGGUUCGGCGACAGAUCGAGUCUAUUUAGUAGACCGGACUGCAUUAAAUGCUAAUGUGCCUGUGGCCUGGUGUUAUAAACUCUCAGCAAAGGGCAUAACCCCACAGUUCAUGGAAGCUUCCAGACUUUAUCACUGGUUUUAUCUUAAUGGACGCACAAAGACGAGGCUCUGAACGGACAAAGUGUGCUCUAACUCCCCAGACUGACAUUACUUGUGGAUGCUGCUUCUGUGCAGGAUUUAACUAACUAGAUGUGAAUCUCAAGAUCAUCCCAUCAAAUCAGCAAACUUUAUGCAAGACCGGAGUCUAGGCCCUAUUUUGUAACUGAAGAUGUACAGAUCUGUGUACACCUGUUCUUUUAAAUGCUGUGAAGGUGAUGUGUGUAGAACAAGAUAUGAGUAUGUUGCAUGUUUUCAAUAAUCCAAAAGCACAUGAAGUAUUUUCUCAAGCUGAGAAUGAACUAUAUGGUCAAAGUCUUGAAAGAAUGUAUGAUUUAGUGUUUCUUCACAAUGGGUUUGUUUGUCAGGGUGAGUUUCAGUGAAUAGCAAAGUUUUGGAGUUUGUUUAUUUGGCUUCAUUCAUUUUGGAACACGCUACCAUUCAUGAAUCACAGAUGACUUUCUCCAACCUGACACACUCGUCCAUCCAUUAACAUCGACAUGUUUCUUCCAGAAACAUUAACAGUAAUUUAAUUAAUCUUAUAUGUGCAGUUUUUGUUUGUUAAAACCUUAUUUUCAGUAUAUACUUUUAUAGUGUUUUGACACAUUCUUUAGAGACUUCUACAGGUUCAUUCAUUUUCAUUCAUGACGUUUACUUUUAGUCUUUGCCCUCCUGAGCAAAAAUAAAUAUUUUAUAUAAAGUUAUGUGAACAAACAUCUUGGUUCAUAACAUCAGUCUCAAAAAUACCAGCUCUGUUCUUAUAUCAUUGAAUGCAAGACUGCAUUGUAGUGUAUGUUAAAGCUGCUUGACUUGAAAUGAAGAGGCUGAGAUGUAUUGAAAUCAACCCACCUUUUUGUUUUAUUUAUAUAUUUUUGCAAACACUUCACAGUUAAUUUCAGCAUCUGCAUAUCGUUUGUUGAAGGAGAUAUUUUGUGCCAUCAGCUUCAGUAAGACAUUACUCUGCUGGCUUUGGGUACAAAGGGACAUAACUUUUCCCCAUAAGUUUAUUUACAUUAUGAUUGGUUUGAUGGCAUAAUGCCUUUUUAUUAAAACUGAUUGUUUUUUUGUUUUGUUUUUACUUAACUCCACAAGUUAAAAAGGAAGCCAUGUGAAUUUGAUUUUAAUGAUCUACUUAAAAUGUAAAGGGUGUAUUUUUAUGAAAGAUGGGUGACGUUUCCUGUUCUCUGUUGAUAAUGAACUGAGGAAUAAAUGCGGAAAAGGAAUUGUCUGCCCUA